ACCUAGCACUAGCAGCGGGCGAGGCCAAAAGGGUUCCAGAGCGGCAGCCCCCAGCCCUCCCCCCCCCUCCCCUCUCUCUCCCCCCCAACGCUGGCUGCUGCCGCUGCAGGCUGCACCCUAAAGCAGCGGGCCUUUCCACCUCUCCUCUCCCUGCCACCCCACCCACACACCACCGCCACCACCCCCGCCUCGGCCUCGGCUGCGGCGCCCUGUGUUUCCGCCUCUCCGGAGGGGCCGCCGCCGCCAUGUCCGGGCUGUACGGCCAGCAGGGGUUCUCGCCGUCGAGGAACCUGUCCCCCCAGAUUAGAAGCAACCCAGAUGUCGUCGAUAGCCAGUACUUGGCCGAGCUGCUCGCCGAGCACGAGAAGCUGGGGCCUUUCAUGCAGGUGCUGCCCAUAUGCAGCAGGUUGUUGGUCCAUGAAAUUAUGCGGGUAUCAAACUCUUCCCACAACCCUGGAUUCAGUGAUUUCGAUAGACAUCGAUUCAGAAGUCCUAGUCCAAUGUCUUCACCAAAUCCAAGAUCCAAUCUCUCUGGCAAUGGGUUCAGUCCUUGGAAUGGACUACACCAAGAGAGAAUAGGCUUCCCUCAAGCAAACAGUAUGGAUUGGCAAGGAGCGCCACCAAGCCCUAGCUCUCAUGUCAUGAAGAAGAUUCUACGCUUGGAGGUCCCAGUUGAUUCUUAUCCAAGUUUCAAUUUUGUGGGACGCAUUCUGGGACCUAGAGGUAAUUCCCUAAAGCGGGUAGAAGCGUCUACUGGUUGUCGUGUUUUCAUCAGAGGAAAGGGUUCCAUCAAAGAUCCCGGGAAGGAGGACAAGCUACGAGGAAAACCAGGCUAUGAGCAUCUGAGUGAACAACUUCAUAUCUUGAUAGAGGCUGAGUUCCCAGCCAAUAUUAUUGAUGCCAGAUUGAGACAUGCACAGGAAAUUCUAGAGGAACUGCUAAAGCCAGUGGAUGAGACACAGGAUAUCUACAAGAGGCAACAGCUCAGGGAGCUGGCCAUGCUAAACUCAACACUGCGAGAGGACAGCCCUCAUCCGGGGAGCGUCUCCCCAUUCAGCAACGGCGGCAUGAAGCGUGCGAAAACAGGCCAGUAGGGAAGGAGCCACCCCCCAUCGUUACCGGUAUUGUCCAGGUGCCUUAUGCCCCUCAAUGGGGACGCCAUGUCUCCGGGCAAUGUUUGCCGCGGGCGCACUUGAAGGAAGCGACGCCUGCAUUUCGCUAGACGAGUCUGUACGAGUCACGGUUUCUCCUGCGGACAAGGAGAAACCUCUGGGACAAUGGAAGUAGUAGUCCUGGGUCCGUGGGUCAUAGUCCUGGGUCGGCGGGUCGGCCCAGCUUUGGUUGCUGUAAGGUCUAGAACAUUCGCUUUAUUUGUUAAUUGACUGUUAACCCUAGUAAUGUGGUGCUAUGAUGGUAGGUUAUCUCCAUGACAGACAGACUAGAGAGGCCCGAGUAUGUGAGCUUUCAUGUUUUCCUUUUCACCCCCUUUUAGGCGUCGGAACCUCCUUGUAUAUUAUCCACCCUUCUACAUUAUGGAGUCGCGGAUAAUAAUAAAAAGGGUAUAAGGAUCAUUAUCAGCUUGUGCCUUGUGGAGUCGUGGUGUUUGGUUCGGGCCGUGGAGGUUCCGAACUGACAAUGUUGCAGUCUGGUUUUUACUGUCAAAAUCAGUGUUCAUGGAUCUUUGUGGUUUAUAUUGUUGAACUGUAUGAUGAAUUCUUGGUAA